AUGGAUAGUUCAGCCGAGAUUGCGUACAAUGAGGCGAUUGCGACGAUGCGCGCAAAGGAAUACCCCAUGCUUGAAGGCACAACCUAUCUUGACCAUGCGGGAACUACGCUCUACGCGAAGUCACUGAUUGAGCGCUUUUCUGCCGACAUGAUGUCUAACCUCUAUGGCAACCCGCAUUCCGCGUCCAACGCCUCCCAACUGACGACGCGCCGCAUCGAAGAUGUUCGACUGAAGGUCUUGCAGUUGUUCAAUGCCGAUCCUCAGAAGUUCGAUGUUGUGUUCGUCGCCAAUACAACUGCCGGUAUAAAGCUAGUGUUGGAAGCAUUCAGGGACCAGAAGGAAGGAUUCUGGUAUGGCUACCACCGAGACGCACACACCAGUUUGAUAGGCUUGCGCGAGGCGGCGACUGAACAUCAAUGCUUCGCGUCAGAUACGGAGGUCAAUGACUGGAUCGAGCAACAAGACAAAGGGGUUGGCAGGCCGAAGCUAUUCGCCUAUCCGGCCCAGUCCAACAUGAACGGGCGUCGCCUCCCUUUAGAUUGGACGCACCGUGUUCGGAAGAACAAGCCAAAAAAUGUCUACACCUUGUUGGAUGCGGCAGCUCUUGUAUCAACCUCACCACUCGACCUCGGGAACCCUGACACGGCCCCCGACUUUACUGUAUUGAGCCUCUACAAGAUAUUCGGCUUCCCCGACCUUGGUGCUCUCGUUGUUAGGCAGGCGUCGGCAUCGAUUUUCGAUCGACGCCGCUAUUUUGGUGGCGGCACAGUUGAGAUGGUGGUGUGCCUAAAGGAACAGUGGCAUGCGAAGAAGGCCGACUCGCUACACGAGAGCUUGGAAGAUGGUACCCUGCCGAUCCACAGCAUCAUCGCGCUUGACAAUGCCAUGGCGAUUCAUCGAGAGGUGUACACUUCCUUGGACAAGAUUUCCAGGCAUACAAUGUAUCUUGCGAAGAAACUGCACGAAGGACUCUCCUCGUUACGGCACGGAAAUGGCAAAGAUGUAUGCCAUGUAUAUCGAGACAUGACCUCCACUUACGAAGACGCAACGACCCAGGGUCCUAUUAUUGCCUUCAAUCUCCGCAACGAAUGUGGCGGCUGGGUCAGCAAUGCAGAAGUAGAGAAAUUGGCCGCUAUUAAGAACAUACAACUAAGGACUGGUGGGCUCUGCAACCCAGGUGGGGUUGCGAGUUCUCUUGGAUUGGCACCUUGGGAGAUGAAGAAGAACUUCUCUGCUGGGCAACGUUGUGGCAAUGACAACGAUAUCAUACGAGCAAAGCCGACGGGCAUGAUACGCGUCAGCUUUGGAGCCAUGAGUGUGCUGGAAGAUGUACACUCUUGCAUCGAAUUCAUACGUGAAUUUUUCGUUCAAGGCAGCCCACCACCAUCACCACCACCCACGUUACCAAUGAGCGCUGCUAUCUACGAGCCACCAACACGAAGCCGCUUACAGGUGGAGAGCCUGACUAUAUACCCUAUCAAGAGCUGUGCUGGCUUCAGCGUGCCGCCUGGUAGUGCGUGGACAGUACGGCCCGAAGGACUUGCGUGGGACCGUGAGUGGUGUCUUGUGCAUCAAGGCACAGGCGCGGCAUUGAGCCAGAAGCGCUACCCGAGAAUGGCUCUCAUACGGCCGAGUGUUGACCUUGAGAAAGGUGUACUGCGUGUGGGUGUUGCUGGUGCGCUACAGGGCUCAACUAGCAUGGAGGAAAUCACUGUGCCUCUCUCGGUCGACCCACGCAUGUUUGCAGAUGGAGACGUCUACAAAAUUGCGAAUGCGAAAGUUUGUGGAGAGUCUGUGCAGGCGAGGACGUAUCGAUGCAACGAGAUUUCUUCUUUCUUCACGCAAGCUCUGGGAGUGGCCUGCCACCUUGCCCGCUUCCCAGCUGUGAGCAGCGGAAGUGGCUCACUAAGACAUUCCAAGGCGCAUCUCCAAAAGCAUGGAAAUGGUGGCGCCCUGCGCAUACCCGGCGCUUUCCCAGAUGCGAUGGCCCUUGGGCCGGGCGCGUGCGUUUCAAAACCAAUCCUACUAUCCAAUGAGAGUCCGAUUCUCACCAUCUCGCGAUCAAGCCUCAACCGCCUGAACGAAAUGAUCAAGGCAGAGGGCGGCAAGGCAGCGCAGGCAGAAGUCUUCCGAGCCAACAUUGUGGUUGCGGAGAAGGCAGAGUACCCGCCUGGGCUUGAGGAGCCGUAUGCGGAGGACGGGUGGCGCUUCCUACAGAUUGGUCACCAAUACUUUGAGAUGCUGGGUGGGUGUAGAAGAUGUCAGAUGGUAUGCAUUGAUCAACAGACGGCGGAGAAGGACGAGGAGCCGUUUGUGACACUGUCCAAGACGCGCCGAUUUGACGGGCGGGUGUACUUUGGCGAGCAUACAUGCCAUGUCCAGCUGGAAGACGUGGCUACGCCACUGGGGCAAAAUCCCACCAUUAUGGUUGGGGAUGCGGUGCGCCCUUUCCGGGACGAUGAGUUCGAUCGGGACCGUUCCUCUGCAUGGCCUCAUGGGCUGAAGGCCAUGUAG